GGUCGAGAACAAUGCGCUACGAGGGCCCUGGCAGUCCGGAGGAGGUCCGUUAUCUACUGUCCGUGAAUGGAGGAGGAGGCCAGGGGCCGUGUGGUGGGCGUAUGCGCCACGAAACCGCAGCAACCCGCUCGAACUCGCCGCGGAUAGGCGGGCCGAGUGGCCGGCGGCGUUAUCUGGCUGGUGUUUGUCAUCUGUGAGCUCAUGCAGGCCUCGCGCGCGCGUCCCUCACCGCGACCUAUUUAUCGGCUUAUCGACCGUCGCACAACUCUUUCCCUUUGUUCUUCCCCGCCACCACAACACCAUGUCCCGCACGGAGAGCGUCGCGGGUGACCCUGUCCUGGGCUCCGAUGUCGCCGUACUCGUCUCGCCCUCGCGGUCGCGCGCCGCGUCGCGCAUGCCGAGCUUCCUCUCCGAGCCCAGUACGCCCUCAGAGAGCGAUCCCCUGCUUGGCGGGCAGCCCCAGAAGAAGCCCUUCUACCGCCCCCGCCCGCUCUGGCUCGUCCCUUUCGCCCUGACCGCUGCGAUCUCGCGCGGCAUGACUCUCGCGCCUCGCGUGCAAGUCUUCACUCAGCUCUCCUGCAACACUAUUCUCCAUCAAGACUCUACCUCCCUAGACCAAUUCUAUCAAUCUGCAUACACACCCGCGCAGAACCACACUCCCUCAUACUCCCCUCUCAUCUCGCACGAUGUAGAUUCUCCUCCAUAUGCCAUCUUUGUCGAGUCGGACGACGUCGAUGUCUCAUCAGCUGUCCCUCGGUCGUUCUGCACAUCCGAUCCUCGUGUGCAGCGAGGCGCUGCUCGUAUGCAAACCAUCAUGAUGACUACCAUGGGCUUCCUUUCCGCACUCACCACUGGCUGGUGGGGGCACUUUGGUGAGCGACAUGGUCGAACGAAGGUUUUGGCGCUCUCGUUGUUCGGCAUGCUGUUGACAGAUAUCGUCUUCAUCCUUGUCGGCACCUCCGUCUUUAAAGCCACCGUACGCGACGACUCCAUCUUCUCCUUCCUCACCUCUCACACCGUCUCGCGCGCCCUCCUCCUUCUCGUCCCCGCACUGGAGGGUGCCCUCGGUGGCUACGCGACCAUCCAGUCACAAUCCUCCGCCUACAUCUCCGACUGCACCUCCCCCGGUUCGCGCUCGCACAUCUUCUCCCGCUUCACCGGUGUCUUCUUCCUCGGCGUCUGCUUCGGGCCGAGCAUCGGCGGCGCGAUCAUUCGCGCGACAGGCGAUGUGACGAAGGUAUUCUGGGUCACCGCGAGCGCGUCGCUGCUUAACGUGCUCCUCGUUGGCUGCGUGUUCCCGGAGAGCCUGGGGGAGGAGAAGCGCGAGAAGGCGCGCGCGGCGUACUUUGCGCCACAUGCUAGCGCGGGCCCGCUGCAUGGUAUCACGAGCGCGCUCGCGGUCUUUUUGCCCGUGAAGGUGGUGGAUGUAACGUCCGGGAGCCUGCGUCCACGCCGGGACUGGAGCUUGACGGUGCUCGCGGGCGCGCUGUUCCUCUUCCUCCUCUCGACCGGCAUCUAUCAGCUCAAGUACCUGUACGCGGAGCACGUCUACGGCUGGGGCGCCGAGCAGCUGUCGUACUAUAUCUCGAUGCUCGGUGGGACGAGGGCAAUCGUGCUCUUGCUCAUUAUGCCCAUGGCCAUCUCGCUGUUCAAGCCUAAGCCCGCUGCCGCAGCGGCGAUUGCGGGCAAGAAAGCGAAGCCGACGCCCGCAAGCCUCGCGACGGAGAUAAAGUUCGACCUGAACCUCGCCCGGGUGUCGGUUAGCCUGGAUAUCAUCUCCAACGUGCUCGUCUGCCUCCUUCCGAUGCCGAACUACGACACGCACGAGUCGGUGCCGGAGUUGCUGAGCGCGUCUUCCGCGGCCUCGGGUACGACCGGCCGCCAGGCGGAGAUCCUGUUCGCUCUUGCCUCUGCGAUCACUAGCUUCGGCGGCUGCGCGGUCCCUGCGGUGCAAAGCCUCGCCCUCUGCAUUCUGCAAGCGCGCGCGCUGCUUGCCGAGUCCGCGGGUACUGCUGCCUCUGCGUCCGCUGCCGGCACCUCAUCUUCAUCCGAUGAUGCCAACCCCGGUACCACACCCACCGCUGCUCCCUCCGGUGAGGAUGGGAACGUGGGCCGCGUCUUCGGCGCGCUUGCCGUCCUUCAGGCUGCCGGCCAGAUGAUCCUCGGCCCCCUCCUCUUCGGUAUGGUGUACUCAGAGACUGUCGCCUCCUACCCGCAAGCCAUCUUCGUCGUUGCCACCGGCGCGCUGGGCGGCGCCCUCGCCCUCCUGCUUCUCGUCCGCAGCCCGCUGCGCGGGGUCGGGCAGGCGGCGAAGGCCGGUGUCCAGACCGGCGGUGCUGGUGGGGCGAACGGAAAGGGCAAGGGGAAGGUGUCGCCGAAGGGGAAGGCGAAGGGGAAGGGCAGGGAUGAGGAGGUGAGACGGGGGCGUUCGCGCGCGAGCAAGGAUCUGAAUGGAGGCGCGCUCCCGGCGGCGACGUACGGGUCGGUGCCGACGUUGCGGGUGAUUCAGGAGGGGCAGGCGGGUCCGUCGGGGGCUGCGCGGUCGGCGUGAGCGCUAGGUAGACGAUGGUGGUUGACUUGCGCGAGAUGAAGACGCUCGAUCUAGGUAAAUAUAUGGAAUAUGGAUCGGGGACGGAAAGGGUAGGAUGGACGUUGUGGUAUGUUAUUCUUCGGUUUGGUACGGCAGUGCGUCUAUUUGGACGUGUCUUGUACCUCCCUUGGGCACAACAGUGUCCAUCUGUACUAUAGCUACGCGUUGUAGGCGCGAACAUCACCCUUGUAUUUAUUCUAUCUUCGCUCUAAUUCGUAGAGAAACAUGCAUCUUCUAUCUUACCUUCCAAUGGAAUACACAACGAUAUCAGGUUUUUGCACUGGGG